AUGCGACGCAGUCCCUUGAUUCAUGAUGGACUGAGGCGCUGCUUGUGCCCAGCUGUCCGUGUGCAUGUGCAGCAUGCGAGAGCUUUGCACCAGCCGCCGGCGAGGUCGAGCGCCCCUUCUGCACCUGCACUGGCCGUCGGAGGGACGACAAGACCAUCCGUCAGAUGCGCCGCCGGCCUGGCCGCAAGACGACAACGACGUCUCGGCUCAACCUGCGCCACGGCCUCGGCGUCCAACGCCUCGCGCGACAACGACGACGACGACGACGACGACUUGCAUCGUUCGGUCCCCAGGGUCGAACGACUGCUGACCCCCGCUCCCCCAAGCGAGGCAACGCUGCUCGGUUCGUCCGUCGAGGAAAUCGCCCAGGCCCUCGUCACCAUGCGCGAUCCUCGGGGAUGGCACUUCCACGGCCACGACAUCGACCGCCACGGGCGCAUCGUGCAGCUCGUCACGCAUCUGCUGUCCCGGCGCGGCCACCCCCCCGGCCCCUUUGUCUACGAGUGCAUGAUGGACGCCAUGGCCGAUCCCCAGGGCUCCGUCAGGGGCAUCCGCAAGCUGCUGGACGAGAUGCAGGCGCAGAACAUGACGCCCACGGCGACCCUGUGCCGCAGCGCGCUGGCGGCGCUGGCCAACCACCCAGACUACCACCUCCGGCAGGAGAUGCUCAACACCAUGCACGACUUUUGGUUCACCGUCGACGCGCCCGUCAGGCAGAGCGUGCUUCUCGGCCUGCUGCGCGACGAGCAGUACGAGCUCGCGUACCUGCGGCUCACCGAGAUGGCUGAGCAAGACGCCCCCGUCGACCUCUGGGUCUACGACAUCUUCAUCAUGGUAUUUGGCAAGCUGCGCUUCAUCGACGAGAUGAUGCUCCUCCUGCACCAGCGCAGCAAGGCCGGCAACCGCGACCGCGACCGCGACCGCGGCGGCGGCGGCGGCGGCGGCGGCGACGGCGAUGGCGACGGGGCCAUCAACAGCGUUCUGUACUACGCGCUCGACGUGUGCAGCCAGGCCUUCCACUACCCAGGGACCUUGUUCGCGUGGAACAGCAUGGUGCGCAGCUCGCUGUUCCAGCCGUCGGACGGCAUCGUCGAGAACGUGCUGGCCACGGCGGCGCGCCACGGCGACGCGUCGCUCGCCACCGAGGCCCUGGACAUGCUCUCGAGGCGGACGCGAGUCCUCGCCCACCACUACGAAGCCGUCGCCGAGGCCUUUGCCGCCACCGGCGACGUGGCCGGCGCGUUCCGCAUCCUGUGCAUCAUGAAGCACAACGGCAUCCGGAUCGGCCGGGCAAGCACGACGGCCGUGUCCGACGUCCUCCGACGACGGCCGGAGCUGAUCCCCGAGGCGGAGGAGGCCCUCCGAGGCAUGGCCGUCGCCGACCACGAGCUGCCAGCCGCCGCGGUGGGCGCCGUCGUCGAGGCCAUCGCCCAGAGCCGAGGCAGCCGGGCCGCCAUGGCCCUGUACCAAGACAUGCCCAAGCUGUGCGGCGAGCCGGCCGACCCGGUCGUCGUGAGAACGCUCAUGGUGCACAGCGACGACGCCGAAGCCACCCGCUCCCUGGCGAGGGACUACCUGCGCCGCGCUCCCGACGGGGCCGACGAUAACGACGGCGCCGCCGUCCACAGCAGCCACGCCUACAGGGCUCUGGUUGCGGCCUGCGCCGAGGCCGACGAGCUGGACCUUGCCUUUGGGUUUGCCGACCGAGCCGCGACGAGGCACUCAGGCGGCCCGGCAGAACAGGACGUGGAAUGGGUCAAGGGCCUGGUGGCCAAGGCGGUAGACAAGGAGGACGGGAGGAUAUGGGGCGUGGUGGACGAGCUGAGCAAGGACGACAGGACGGGCGCCGCGGUGGAAAAGAUGCUGAGGCAGAUGAGGCUCACGAGACGGGCGGCCGACAUGAAGCUACGACGGUAG